CGGAGACAGCCGAGCGUCUGGUUGAACGAGACUAGUCCACCGGGGGAUGCCGCGUGAAUGACUGUCUCAAAAACCAUGUGGUGAUUGUUUACAACCCAAACCGUUCCAUAGUUUCAGAUUUUCACUGAGUUCUGUUCCAGAAACAGUUAUUGAAAGAUAUUCAGGGAAGCAGAUAUGUAAAUCACUGAGUUGAAAACCACUUCAUCUACUUCAAAUUUUCAGCAGAUAUAGAAAAAACACCAUGAAGAUACUAAAAUUAUUUAGAAAUAAAGUUUUGGAAUGCAUGAAAGCAGCGGAGGAUGACCCUGAUGAUGCAUGCAUUGAAGAAAAACGAAUCUUAGAUGAUAACCAUUGUCAUGCAAUAAAAGAUGUAUCUAAUGAAAGUUUAUCAAAUGAAAGUUUUUUUUUUGUUGCUGAUGAGAAGCAAUGCAGAGUAAAAUCAGAGUACCAGGAUUAUCAUAUAUCUGCAAGGUUUGGUAAUAUAGAAUAUACUAUGAUGAGACUCACCAAAGAUCAAAUGAGUUCUGACAACAGAUGUCAAGGAAUGUGUGUUAAAAAAGACGUUAACUUAGAAAAUGAAAUGGAUUGGCAUUCGUCUGAUACUCCAAAAUUGUCAUCAAACAUUACAAAAGAGGAGAAUAAUUUAUCAAAAGAUGGUGCUGAAAACGGUUGUAAUUACAAUACAGUUUAUACUCAAGAAAGUUCAGCUAGCAUUGGAUAUAGUAAAGCUGUGUUUGAAUCGAGAUCCUUAGGUCUGAUGCCCUCUGAAAACUCAGAAUGUCUGGAGUCUUUACAAAACUCAUCCCUGUUAGGUGAUCCCAAGCCAUGUCUUAAUGAAAGCUAUGAUAGGGAAUUUGAUAAAGAUGAAAUCGCUAGGGAGAAACUUGAUGUUAAUUCUGGAGAAAUUCCAGCAUCAACGAUCUCUGAUGAAGAUUCUACUAUAUGGCUGACUGAAAGUCGAAUGCUGACCAGGUCAUCCACACAAACAGAUCUCACUUCCUUUAACAUACAUGACACAGAUGAACAUGUUAGAGAAAAUACAAAUCAAUUCAGAAACUUGCAUUUUUCAGCAGAAAGAGGAUUGCAAAGUUGUAGUGAUCUGCAGCUACUUGACAUAGAGAGUGAUGCACUUUUACCAAGUAGUUUUACUUGUACUUGCCAUAAUCCUAAGUCAGAAUUAUCACCAGUGAGUACAUCUUUGAAUGCGUUGAACGUUGAAUCAUUUACCCAAAAUUCAUUAUCAAUGUGCAGAGAUGCUGUGAGUCUUAACAGCACCCGACAGCUGUACCGGAGUACUAACAUCAGUUCAGAUUCCAGUGUUUUUACUGGUACACUUGAUAGUUUUAGUCCAUUAAGUUUACAAAGGGAAAAGUCACUAUCAUUACUAUCCCUUGGUCUAAGGCAAAGUCUAUCACUCUAUAGUCUCCAAUCUAAUCUACACCAGCAAGAAUUGGACCAAGUUGCAUCCUCUAAUUGCAUGUGCAGUUGUAAAGAAAGAAGCAAAUUAUCAGCAAGCUUCUGGAAGACCGAUGAAUUGGUGGCAAUUAAUAAAGAUGGUGGGGAAAUAGGCUCUUUAAAAGAUGCUGAGAAGAGUAUUGGGAGCAGGGAAAGUGAAAUUGGUCCAUGUGGGUUUAAUGGUACUAAUAAAAUAAAUGGUAGAGAAAAGACCAAGCCACUUGACAAUGAUGGUAUUUCAGCAGGAGAUGCAAAUGCUUUUGUUGAUUCAAGUAAGGAAAACUGUUAUCAGUCGGAGUAUGAGAAUGGAAUAUAUAUGGCAGUGAAGCUUCAUCCUGAUGAAGAAAUGCCAUUCAUAGUCAACAAGGCCACUGAAGAAAAGCUGGACGAUACUGUGAAAAUUAAAUCUAAAGAGAGCGGAGAUACAUCACAGCGGAUGGGUAAACAAAGGAUCACCAGCAGAGCCACAGAUAUACAUCACAUUCUGAAACUGAUAAUGUAUUUUUUGAAUUAUUUCCAGGGAAAUGACCAUGAACGUUUGGAUGGUGAAGACAAAAACUAUGCUGAUCUUUGUAAACUUUACAUGGAAACAGAAAAUGAAGGAAUAAACUGUGAUGAAUUGAAUCAUGAGAAAAUUUGGUUGUCCAGUACUCGAAACAAAGAGUGUUUCCCCAAAGCGACACCGAAAGAAUGUCGAAAUGAUGGAAAAUAUAUUAUUGUGCCAUUUUCCAGAGCAAUGCUUCAUGUUGAUUGGAAAAUGUCCAGCAAUAUGAUUGCUCAUAAAAAUGAAACAAUGAAUAAAGUAAAUAUUCAUUACCGCAUAAAUGCAAUGAAAGAAAAGAGCAUUGUAUACUUUACAGUAUGUGAAAACCAACAUCUUAUUGGCCCAAGAGCAAUAUUUUGGCUUCAGUUUCUUGAUGACGAUAGUGAAAAAUAUCACAACGAGUUACGCUAUCUUCUUCAGAGAUUCUGUCCGUGGAUAAUAAAAAUGCCAAUUUCAGCGAUGACUCUAGAUAGAGUUGACAAUGACUGUUUUUGCAUUCAUAAUCCAUUCAAAUAUACAUCAUUGUUGAGAAAAGAAUUAAAGUAUAGCACGAAGAAUGAAGAAUGCCAUUUCCUCUGUCUUCCACCUCUUCCACCUGCCAUCAGUGCUAAUAGUCAGAAUCCUGUUGAUGCUCAGGAUAAUAAUAACCCCUGGAACUGUGCAUCUGCUCUUGUGGAAAGAAAUUUUACACAUAGUCAGUGUUUACAGAGAUCUAAAGCAAAGCUGCAAAGAGAUUCAAAGAAUUCUGAUUCAAAAUGUGCAACUAACUGUGUGACACCUAAACCACAUGUUUCUAAGAUUCCCAAUAAUAAUAGAAUAAGUAAAACAUGGACACAAUACCACAAUCUACGAAAAUAUUUAAGGAAAGGGGUGAAAAAAACACAGCAAACUUCAAUGAAAUAUAAACUGUUAAAAGAAAAAAGGACUAAAGAUAACAGACUUCCCAGAUCUGUAAAUUCAAUGGUGGCGGACUCUCCUGCAAAUGGCAAAGAAGUAAUGAACAUCAUGAACCAAAAUCCCACAAUGAAACCGAUUAUAUCAACUUCAGAAACGUGUAUCUUUAUUCUAGAACUAAGAUCACGGAGCAAUGAAAGAAAAAAACAAUUUAAGCAUCAGCUUGAGUUAAAUGAUAGCAGAAAGGAAGAAAUCAGAAGAAAUCUUGUUAGAUUUUACAAAAAAUAUGAGUCCACUAAACAUGGUAGGUCGGUUUCUCUAUCACUAGUAUCCAUGGAGAAAAUUGAUAGCUUGUCACUCCCUGAGAUGGUCUUCAAAAUUCAAUCCAUUUCAAAAGGAUUAGGUUUUCUCAGAAGAUACCUAAGAAUUUCCAAGGACUUUACUAUUUCUUCCAUAGAUGUAUUUUUUCCAUUGCAGCAAGCAAAUCAACAACCUCAAGAAGGGUUGGAUAGUGUCUUGCAGCCACUUGACAAUGAAACAAGAACAGAAUCAGAAGAUCACUUGAGAACUGAAUGGCUUAGAGUUACCACUUUUCAGACCUUUCCAUCUGAUGUAGGAAUAUCUUCUGUAAAAUUGGCAAAAAAUGGUUUUUAUUACACUGGUCAAAACAAGGAGACAAAAUGUCAUUUCUGCUCCAAGACGUACAAUGAGUGGACUUCCACGUCCGAUAUUGAGGCCAUACAUCGACAAAUCUCUCCAGACUGCCCAUUUAUCAAUGGCAGGGAAACAAAUAAUAUCCCAAUACAUACCAGCAGCAACCCCUCUGCGAAUCAGGAGGGCAUUUUUGGUAACUUACAAGGCACUGUCAUUGAACGUCUCAGAACCAGUGAGGAGUCUGUGAGUGAAGAGACAGUAGGUGAAGAGACAGUGGGUGAAGAGACAGUGGGUGCCUCCACAAGUUCUUUGACUUUAUCUCAAGAUCAGAUUGAGCAGCUGCCACCAUCUUUGCCAACCCCUGAUCGACCCGAGGGAAAGCCGCCUCCAACAACUGCACUGCUAACUGAGGCCAGAGAAACAGAUAAAGAGAGUUCACUUCAGAAGCCAGUCUCUCCUCAAGCACUAAGUAAAUCUAAGCUUAAAAGAGAAAAGAAAAAGAGAAAGAAGGAAGAACAGACAAGAAUUAAGGGUGAACCCAGAAGCAGCCAAUUAGCACCAGGGGGCCUUGUCAUCAGUGAAGUUCCAGAUAAACAGGAGGAGGUGUUAUCUUCACUAUCACAGUCAUCUUCAGUGCCUCCAGGGCUGGUUAUUGAGGAGGUCCAGCCUAGUCCUGGGGGUAACCCUAACACGCAGGAAGAGGCUACAUCAGUAGGAGGUGCAUCAGGAUUAACCCCGCACUCUAGCCAGCUUGCCGAAUCAAAGUCAUUAAAUUCUGGAGUAAGCAGGACUUCAAAUGAAUCAUCAGAAAGGUCAUUACCAAGACAGAACAGUACCAACCCUUCAAACCCUCCUCAAGGUGGAGCAACAGCCAAGGCGAAGUCUAGCGGUCCAAAUGAAGGAGGGGCUGGUCCUGAUAGACAACCACAAGGGGGAUCCAGUCAGCCGGCCCCGUCAAGAGGUGGUGCAAAUCCCCCCUCCCAGACACCUGCAGAGAGACUGGCCCAGUUGGACCCCCUGGGGAUUAACUUUGACAAGCCCAAGUACCCCGCCUAUGCUGUCUAUUCCAACAGACUGAGUUCCUUUGAUGGCUGGCCCUCUCACAUGGCUCAGACCCCCAGGGACAUGGCCCGGGCAGGAUACUUCUAUGCAGGAUAUGGUGACUAUGCCCGAUGCUUUUUCUGUGGAGGAGGACUUCGGAACUGGGACAGAUCCGAUGAUCCAUGGACAGAGCAUGCCCGGUGGUUCCCGCGGUGUGCGUUCUUACGGAACAACAAGGGAGAUAGAUACGUGGCCCGGAUCCAGAGAAUUCACCAAGAACAGGAGGCCGGCUUGGAACCAUCAUUUCAAAUAUUGGCCCCUCAGGAGAGAGACCUGGACACCUCUCUAGCGGAGGCUCUGAGGGAGAUGGGCUACACCAACCAGAUCAUACAGACUGCCAUGGACCAGUGGAGGAGGCGCCUCAGACCCGGUAGAAGACACCCACCUGCGAUGAGUGCUGCGGGGUUAUUGGACAUCAUUGAAGAGUUAGAGGGAAACACUGAAGACAGGGCUAGUGUACCCACAGAACGACCUUUGACCAUUCCAGGUGCAGAUAAUGACCAAGCAGUAGAAGAAACAUCUCGCCCUUCAGAGGAGAACACAGAAGAUGGUGUAAUAAUGUUGCAAGAAAAUCGCACUGGUGGACUGGUGGCCCAAGGUGAAUCAAGGGACUAUGGAUAUGAUCAGAGAGAACGGCAAGAGAGGCAGAUCCUACAGGAGGAGUUCCUGGGUUUAACGGAGACCCUGGUCUGUAAGAUCUGCUGUGACAAGGAUGUGGCGGCUGCCUUCCUGCCCUGCGGUCACCUGGUCUGCUGUCUGGACUGUGCCCCCGCCAUGAGGAAGUGCCCCCUGUGUGGUGAGGUCAUCAAGGGCACAGUCAAAACCUACUUUGCUUAAGUUCCAGAUUAAAUUGCUUUCAUAAGUCACAGAACAAUAUAUCCUGCUUGUUGAUUCUUUCACCUCCCCGUGGUGAGCAGGGGGCAAUGGACACUAUACAGAUAUAGGAGGCUAAGAAAAUACUAUACUGAGGAAAAAGGUAGAAUCCUCACUUGAAAGAUAGUAGAGGAGAAAAAAAAAUACAAAUGAUAGCGAGGAUUGAGUGAGACUGGGGCUGAAAGAAGUGUAAGAAGACGUUGCGGAAUCAUACUAUCUUUGUAAUGAACUUGCAUUUUAUAACUUGUAUUACACUGGAAGAAAAAUUGCAUAUUUUUUAGAAUUCUAAAGUUUGGUAACAAUUUUAUGAAAGCUUUUCUGUGAGGUGGCUGGAUUUUAUAUUAAGUUCUCUAGUUAUAUGCUAAAAUCAAAUCUGUGGGCACAAUUCUUGCUUUUGCUUUCCCCCCAAAAAAACCAGAACAUGUUAUUAUCCUUUAUCAUCAGUGAAAAAUAUCUAAGAUAUCAUACAAAAAAUAUCAGUAUAACUUGCUAUUUAGGUCAUAAAAUCACUUUUUUUUCAAGUAAAGUACCUAGCUAAAAUCAUACUUAUAAACCAGCAUAUUUAUUAAAAGAAAAUAAAUGUAUGAUGCAGGUAUAGAAUACACAAAAAUGCAUUGGGUAAAUUAAAAGGGGAUAUGCACGAGUGUAAUAUUGCGUGAAUAUUGUAAAAAAAAGGUUGCAAAAUUUGCAUAGAGAGUCAGUGAAUGAAAACAGGUGAAUUUUAUUUUUACUUGCCAAUGGUUAAAGAUCUUGAUCAGUAUUUGAGUUGCUACUCAGCAUACAUGAAAUAUAAGUGGAAUUUCAAUAAGUGUGUAUGAUCUUUUAAUAGAUAGCACAAUUGAAUGUAUAGGUCUAGCAAAGUAAAGAAUUGGUAAUGAAUUCAUUGAUUUCAUUUUUUUUGCCUGUAGUUUAGAAAUUGAUAUGAAGUACAUACUGUUUAUUAAACCCAUGCAUGUAGCAGUUAUGAAAUGUAUAUAAAUAUUUUGAAGAAUUGGCAAAUUCAUCAAAGUUGUAUGAAUCACAUGUAUACUGGUUAUCAUAAUGAUAAACUACCUACAGUACAUGUAUGUGUAAUGCCUUUCUUGGGCAAAUGUAAUUUCUUAUAAGGCACUUUAAUUUCAAUAUCUACAUGUAAGAGGCUUAAAUCCCCACAUAUGAAAGUCUAUUAAGUGAUAGUCAAACAUUUAGGUUUAUAAUUGUAAUCUGACAUGAGAAACCACCUUCGCCACCCAUUGCUACUGGUCAAAGCUCAUAGAUUUUGCAUUUUUUUUCCAGGUGAGGUAUUAACUACUGAUUUGAUAACAGUAAAACUGGCUCAGUACACAGAUAUCACUAAUUCUUGGAUAUAGCUAAAUUAAAAUUUAAUAAACUUCCCUGCAAAACUUUUCACAAAUUUUACAGUUACAUAUGGAAUAAGGAAUCAUUCUUUGAGUAUUAUGAGGUGAUAAUUUCGGUCGGGGUGUGAUCAAAUCCAAUAAAGCCCGAAGGGCUUUAUGAUAGAUUUGAUCACACCCCGACCGAAAUUAUCAUCUCAUAAUAUUCAAAGAAUGAUUCCUUAUUACUUAUAUUUAUAUAAUUUUAAGCAAUCGUACGAUUAUAUAUUUAAAUAUUAAUAAGCAAACCCCGCCGGCGCCUCGAUUUGGCGUCGUUUGUAUUAUGGGUUAUAUAGUACAAAAUCGAUGUGUAGUGUUAUUACAGGCAAAGACACUGGAUAAUGUAAAUAUAACAGAUUAACAAACAUUAUAGCAAACUCUAUAGCAAAACUACUUCAUGUAGAAGUAAACAAUACCAAAAUUUAGAACAUGUGUAAUGAAUCUAUUAUAAAGCAAUAAAACUUAGCAUUACCAGUUGACAUAAAAAAAAUUGUAUGAAUUUUUAACCACAUAAAUUCUUUGAUUUUCAAUUUUUAUUAGGUAUCGAAAGAAUGUAUCUUCUUAUUUCUACACUUUAAUCAUCAAAAACUUGUCUGGUACAAGAAGUCAUGUAUAUAGCAAAUUUGGAAUAUCUUAUGUUAUAGCAUAACAUAUAAUAUUAAAACAAAUCCAUUAUGCAUAUAAAGGAAAUCCUUAUAACCGAGUUUUAUUGUAGUUUUUCUUAUAUGAUCAUAGUUGUCCUGUUUGUUCUUCACAAUAUGUAAAGCUCUAUGUACAACUUUGUAUGAUACUUUUUAGUGCUUUCUCAGAAGCUAAUCUCUGUGUUGCAUUUAUAAUUUUGCAUUCAUAGAAUCAUCAUUGACUUAUUAUUUAUUGCUUACUACAUGCUUGUGUGUCUGCUACUUAUUUUCAUUCCCUUGCAAAAAACUUUUCACUUUCAUAUAGCUCUACAUGUUGCCAUGUUGCUUUUGACAUUUUAACAUGAAUUGUGCGAAAUGUCAUCUUAUGACUGUAAAUACGUUUAUACAAUUGCUUAUAUCUUCAUCUAUGCCUUAACGAUUCUUUGGAUAUACGGGACGUUACAAAGAAAUAUCCUAUAUUUGAUAAAAAAAAAAUUUGAUAGUAUCAUAAAUUAGAUAAUAAAUUAUAAUUUCUCUAAAAUAUGAUAUUGGUGACUUGGUAUAGGUGAUGCACUGUCUCGAUGUGCUAUGUAAUCUUUGAUAACCCAUGCUUUAUUCUUUAACAAUAUGAUAGGCCCCCCACAUUGCUAUGUGUUGUCUUUAUCCAAUAUUAAAGAUGAAAUGCACGUUUAAAACAACUUGAUUUCAUGAUUUAAAAAUAACUGCAUGCACAUGCAACUGCAUGCACAUGCUGUACAAUUAUGUUUAGAUAUUUUAAUAUGCAUACAGAUUAGGUACAUAAAACAUUAAACUUGGUAACAAUUUUAAGCUCACCUGAGCCUUAGGUCAUGCCUUAUUUUAAGGGGAGAUAAUAAGGGGUUAAUUGAAAAAAAAAAUUGACUUUUAAAAAAAAAUCAUUUGGUACGAAAAAGUUGGAACUUUCGUGGAAGCAUCAUCAAAUAUUGGAUUUUCAAGUAAGUUCAAAUUAUGACCUCUCGGGGGUAGGGUAGGGCGACAAUUUGGGUCAGAUUUUCAGAUGUAUUAUAUAAGGAAGUCUUCAAAAAUCUUGCAGUCAAAAUUAUUGGAAAGCAUUAAUCAGGUAGAUUAGAUUCAAGUUUAUGCAGACCAUGUUCCCUUGCCGGUUGGGUAUGAUACGAACACUAUGAUUUAGUCAAAAUUCUUCAUAGAAAUAUGCACCAGGAAAAAUCUUUUUAUCUAAACAUUUGGAUGAAUAGUUAAACAUUGUGUAGAAGAAUAUGUGGGUAAUGUAAAUUCAAGUUUGUUUACAUCACGAUGUCUACGAUUAAGGUUGGGGCACUAUUUGGUGCGCGGGGGGGGGGGGUGACUUAUGAGGAUUUUAAAUCUUAGCAAAAAUUUUUUAGCCAGAAAAUUAAAAUCUUUGUGGAUUGAAGCAUUCUCAAGUAGUGUAGAUAUAAGUUAGCAGCAUAUGUAAGGCAUUAACCUCAGAGCGGGGAUAAAUGUGACAUAGCAAUAUAAAGAAAAAAAUCAUUUGAAAUCUUCAUCUUUAAAAUGAACUCAAAGUUAGAUAUGUGUCGAAAAUAUAAUACUCAUAUCAUAUUUGCUUUUUUUACUAAAUUGUUUAAAAAGCACAUAGAUUAAUUUUUAAAGCACUAAGCAUAGCUCAGUGCUUUAUUGUCCUUAGACUUCUACUUCCGGUGCAUCGAAUAACCCCCCCCCCCCCCCCAAAGGCGCAGAAGUUUACAUCAUUUAAACUGGUUAGGGAACCAGUUUCAGGAGUUUGUGCACAUAACUACACGGGCUAUUGUAAAUCUAAUGUAUGGGGCUUAAUACAUCAUUGCAAAGGCUGCCACACAGUGAUGAGGAAAUAUAGUGCCUAUACAGAAGCUGAAAUGUUAUAUACAUAUAUCUGUUAUAUACAUACAGAAGCUGGGUUGACGCUUUUCAUUACUAUCAGUACUUUGUUUUGAUUUAGAAUUAGGUCAAACGACCAUGGUUGCUCAGGUGAGCAAAUGGAAUCUGGGCCUCUUGUUGGAUUCUAUAGAAACAUUGUGCAUUUAAACUAGUAUUUUUUUUUUAAGCUUUAACUGAAAACUUGUUUAAUUUCAAAAUUUAAAUAUAUUAAUAUAUAUAUAACUCUAACUGUGCAAAUAUAUGAACGUUUCUUAGAAACCUGGCAUCUUUAUAGUCAAUAUCAGUAACUGUAAUAAUUGCUCAAUGUAAUGUAACCCAUAGCGUCAAUAAAUAUGUAAGCAUAAGCUAACCAAAUCUUCCCAGUGUAAACGGAUAUGCUUGCAAGUUACAGAUUAAUUACUUUUUUCUUAUUAAUUUUUGUUUUAAAUGCUAGGUAGGCAUAUUCAAUAGUUAAACAUCAGACACUUUUUUUGUUUUUUUGAUUAAGUUGUGCUUCAUUUUUGUCUUUUGCUUAGAAAACUAGCAUACACGCAAAUUUCUUUCUCUCUCACAAAUAUUGUUUUAAUGUCGUUUUUCAAUUGUAAAAAAUUAAAAAUAUAUAUAUAUGUGAACAGUAAAAGCUAAUAAAUUACAUUUUCCAA